AUGUUUAACUCGGUCAACCUGGGCAACUUCUGCUCGCCGUCGCGCAAGGAGAGGGGCGCUGACUUCGGCGAGCGAGGGAGCUGCGCCUCUAACCUCUAUCUGCCCAGUUGCACUUACUACGUGCCCGAGUUCUCCACGGUCUCCUCCUUCCUACCCCAGGCCCCCUCUCGUCAGAUCUCCUAUCCCUAUUCGGCCCAAGUGCCUCCAGUCCGGGAGGUCUCCUACGGCCUGGAGCCAUCCGGCAAGUGGCACCACCGGAACAGCUACUCUUCCUGCUAUGCGGCUGCCGACGAGCUUAUGCACCGAGAGUGCCUGCCACCUUCCACCGUCACUGAGAUCCUCAUGAAAAACGAAGGCUCCUACGGCGGCCACCACCACCCCAGCGCCCCGCAUGCUGCCCCCGCCGGCUUCUAUUCCUCCGUCAACAAGAACAGUGUCCUGCCCCAAGCCUUCGAUCGUUUCUUCGACAACGCCUACUGCGGUGGCGGAGAUGCGCCCUCCGAGCCCCCCUGCACGGGCAAGGGUGAGGCCAAGGGGGAGCCCGAGGCGCCCCCGGCCUCGGGACUGACGUCCCGGGCUGAGGCUGGUGCUGAGGCCGAGGCCGAGGAGGAGAACACGAAUCCCAGCUCGUCUGGUUCGGCCCACUCGGCGACCAAGGAGCCGGCCAAGGGAGCCGCCCCCAACGCCCCCCGCACCCGCAAGAAGCGCUGCCCUUAUUCGAAAUUCCAGAUCCGGGAACUGGAGAGAGAGUUUUUCUUCAACGUGUAUAUCAACAAAGAAAAGCGGCUGCAGCUGUCCCGGAUGCUGAACCUGACGGACCGACAAGUGAAAAUUUGGUUUCAGAACAGAAGGAUGAAAGAAAAAAAACUGAGCAGAGAUCGGCUGCAGUAUUUUUCAGGAAACCCGCUGCUGUAA